ACGCAACUGCCCCUGCACAGACUGCCCAGGAAGGAGGGGCACGCGACCAAGCCGUGGAUGAGCCCCUGGGGAAACAAUGGACAAUGACGUGGACAGCUCUUCUGGGCAUGCGCCUGUCAGUCCGCCAGGUCGUCAGGGUCCGCCGCACUGGUCGUCGACGAUGUGCCUCUGAAGCGCAGCUUGAGGUGGAGCGAGAAACACCGGGAUGGAAUCUGCCACAGAGUGUUCAUUUCCAUCCUGCUCGAUCUCAGCACCCGACAUCUUCGUGUAAACUACCUUCAGCGCUGGAUGUCCAUCCAGCUCCAGCUUUCGAGUGUCAGCACCGAUCAACAGACAAAGAUCGCCAGGGUUGGCCUCUCCCUCGUCCCGCAACACAACGUCGCCCGGGCCCAGGCAGCCAUUGCCGCUCACGAAGGGGACGUGUCCUUGCGACUUGCGCUUUCGAACACUUCCGCCGUGGUUCUCGUUGAUGACUUCAACUGGCAUCAGGGACGGGGAACACCAAAUGAGCGCGGCAAGCGAUCCAUCACCCGGACAACAGCGAACGUUGGUGUGCGGACUUGGGAUGUCUCGGAAAUGUCUCGCCUACCCUCGGGGCCGGGGCCGUUGCGCCCCAAUUUCCAAACAAUCGGGUUUGCGGAGCAUGAGCAUGUUCUUUCGCAGUAUUGUCCGCUGUGGGAUCAGACACUGACCUCGUACAUCGUCAAACGCGGCAAUGGAGGGCAGUAUAUUUUGUAGCCUUUGUUGCAUUGUGGGCAUUCGAGGCGGGGUUGGGUGUAGAGGUGCGAGAUUGGGGACUGGUCGGUUGUGCGGAAGGCUGUGAAGGGGUCGGUUAGCUUGGGAUUGGAGGCGUCUUGUGGGUUCGAGCCUGGGUCCGUAGGAGUUGCUUGGCUUGUUGGUGUACUAGUGUGACUGCUGGCUGCUGGGUGCGUAUAUAACCGAGGACGGAGUGUCGACUCGCCCGCCGGGACGAAAGCAGAAAAAAAGUGCGAGCGGAGAU